AUGCAAUAUCUACUUGCAAGGUAUAAUGAUAGUGUUGAUUUUCCAGAAAAAUAUGUUUUGAUUGCUGAUGAUCAUACUUUCCCACAAAAGAGAGUCUCCCUGAAUACUCACCUAUUGGUUAACACGCUUAAAUAUUCUAGGAUAAUCGGUUGUUCUCACGGAUUGUUGUGUUUGUACGGCGGUUAUCAAGAGGGCCAUGAUGGUCCCCUCUCUGGAAGUGGCAGAGCUGUUAUUUGGAAUCCUUGUAUUAGAAAAACUGUUACUGUUGAUGUGCCUAAUGUGGCAGAUUGCAGUAUUUACGAAACCGUUUUAAGUUUUGGGGUUUGUCGCAAGACUAAUGACUCUAAGAUUCUCAAGAUUACUCAUAUCAAUAGGUGGGGCCACAGGAAAAGUCUAACUUGCAUUCCAUGCCACGUUGAGGUUUUUACGUUAAGCACAAGGGCUUGGAGGCAUCUAUAUGGCAGCAAUCCCCCUCGUAACUCGAUUGAAUUUGAUUACUAUAAUAUGGUAGUUUUAGAUGGAAUGAUUAAUUGGCUUGCUAUUGAUAGGAUUACUGUUGAUGGUGGACUUCAGUCUUAUAAUCUUAUUAUUUCAUUUGAUAUGACAAGUGAAGAAUUCAGAGAAGUAAACCUUCCAGACAGUUUAGCACACCAAUCUCUAUGUGAUUUGUCAAUUUGUAAGCUGAGGGAGUCUCUUGUUGUGCUUGAACGGGAUGUAGAGGCCAAUAACCUAGUAUUUCAUGUAUGGAUAAUGGAGGAUGUUGUUCCAAAAUCGUUUACAAAGCUAUAUGCUAUUGAUUUACCAGAUGCUGAUGUAUCAGCAGUUUAUGUAAUGGGAUUUAGGAAGACAGGCGAACCUAUAAUUGAUAGUGCAUCACGCUAUCCUGAGUGGACUGGAUCACUUGCUGUUUACCAACCCUACUCAAAAACCAUCAGUAGUCUUGGGAUUGAUGGAGACGAUUUUUCAUAUUUUGUGUAUUCCUACAUGGAAACGUUACUUCUGCUUUGA